AUCCCACCAUCCAUAAAUUAAACCUCAAUAUAGAUUUGCAUUUUCAACAUCCAAAACCUCCUUAGACUUGAUUAUAUAUAAGGCUAACACGGUGCCCCAAAUUGUUAUAGUCCCAUUAUUUUCAUGGCAAAUCCCAGUUCUCUCUUAUUAUUUUCAUGUCUUGUAUUGUUUUCCAUUUCUUGUUCGAAUGCAAAAACUCUAAACCCUAUAGAUUCAUGUUGGAGAUCAGAUCCGAAUUGGUCUAGCAAUCGCCAAGCUUUAGCCGAUUGUGCUAAAGGCUUUGGAAGUGGUGCCUUGGGAGGAAAAGGCGGAGCGAUUUACGUCGUAAAUGAUACUGACGAUGACCCCGUAAAUCCUAAACCAGGCACCCUCCGAUAUGGUGUAAUUCAAACCGAACCACUUUGGAUUAUUUUCGAAAAAGAUAUGCUCAUAAAUUUAAGAAACGAACUUAUAAUUAAUAGUUUUAAAACCAUAGAUGGAAGAGGUGCGAAAGUUGAAAUAGGAUUAGGACCUUGUAUUAGUAUUGAUGUUAUAAAGAAUGUGAUUAUUCAUGGAGUAAAGAUAGAUAUUUGCUUGAGAGCUCCAGAAGGAAAUGUUAGAAUUAGUCCUACUGAGGUUGUGUUUAGGCCUGGUACUGAUGGAAAUGCCAUCAUUAUAAGAAAUUCUUCAAAUGUUUGGAUUGACCAUUGUUUUCUCGGUCGUGCUACUGAAGGUCUCCUCGAUAUUAUUUUUACUUCUUAUGAUAUCACAGUCUCAAACAAUAUCUUUUUCAAACAUAAUUGGGUGAUGACGCUGGGGAACAUAGACGGAUUUUAUCAGGACAAGAUCAUGAAUGUCACAAUCGCAUUCAAUCAUUUUGGUCCUUAUCUUAAUGAUAGAAUACCAAGGAUUCGAUAUGGAUAUGUUCAUAUUGCCAACAAUUAUUAUGAACCCUGGGGACUUCAUGCCAUUAGUGGAAGCUCCGAACCAACUAUUUUUAGUGAAGGGAAUUACUUCAUUGCUUCCAACAACGUGACGUUGAAAGAGGUAACACAUAGGGAAUAUGCUUUGCCAACGGUGUGGGCGCAGUGGAAUUGGAAGUCAUCCAAAGACAAAUUCUUGAAUGGAGCUUUCUUCAAUGCAUCAGGAACAGGAAAUCCAACUCCAAAUUAUACUUCACCACAGUCAUUUCCAGUUGCUGAUGGAUCCCAAGUUCCUUCUUUAACUUCUGAUGCUGGUCCUCUUCAGUGUAUUCCUAACCGACCCUGCCUUUAAUUUGUCCCCUUUAAUGAAAAUGAAAAUAUAGUCUGUUUAAUUUAA